CUCUUUUUAUUUAGUGUGUUUUGUAUUGCUCAUAUGAAGUGGAGGACCCCUUGUUGUGUUGUUUAGUUGGCGGUGGGCAUUUAAUUUUCAUUUGCCUUUGAGGGGGAGGGUGUAGAAUCAUCAUGACAUGCUCUUCAUUUGGACUAAGCUGUUUUGAAAUUUGUGGCAUGAGCCGUCGAAGGAUCUCAUGUAAGGACUUAGGACUAGCUGACUGUCAGGGAUGGCUGUACAAGAAAAAAGAAAAAGGGGGUUUUAUUGGCAACAAAUGGAAAAAGUUCUGGUGUGUCCUGAAGGCUUCAUCAUUGUAUUGGUACAGCAGUCAGUUGGCAGAAAAAGCUGAAGGAUUCCUCAGUCUUCCCAAUUUCACAGUGGAACAAGCAACAGAAUGCAAGAAAAAGUACGCUAUGAAGAUCAUCCAUCCACACAUCAAGACAUUAUAUUUUGCAGCAGAAAAUGCAGAAGAAAUGAGUAGGUGGCUAAGCAAACUUGGCCUCGCUGUCUCUAAUGACCAAGCCAAUAAAAAGAAUGAAGAAGAGUGCUAUAGUGAAAGUGAACAUGAAGAUCCAGAAAUAAAUGCAGAGACGCCGCCACCUCCAUAUUCAGAUCAGCAACAGCUGCCUCCUUCAGACCAGCAAGACCCCUCCUUGACAUCAUGCGUAUCAAAUGAAGCAUUGUGUUCUUUGUCCUCUCCGGAGAGCAUUGUGAUUAAAUCCCAAAAUUCUUCAUCUUCUUCAUUGUCCAAAGCACUACUGCCAGAGAGGCAAUCAUGGCUUGACUUUGUUAAUAGUUCUUCUGUGGGAGAAGAAUUAGGCAACCUACCUUCAGCUACUUCUGGUGACUCUGAUGAUACAGAUCUCCUGGCAAUAAACUAUCAUGAGACAAUAGGAAGUGGCACUGCCAAACCUGAGGGCAGCUUUCGGAUUUCUUCAGAUACAGGUACAUCUUCAUUAGAUGGCCUCAAGGAUAACCUGGCUGUUCCUGUGGAAAUGCGAUUAAAAACUCUGUCUAAAGAUCGUGCAAAAUGCUCUGAAGAUGAGAUGGAGAAACUUUACAAGUCCUUAGAGCAAGCAAGUUUAUCUCCAAUUGGGGAUCGCCGGCCUUCUACUAAAAAAGAGCUGAGAAAAUCCUUUAUCAAAAGGAGCAAAAACCCCUCAGUGAAUGAGAAGCUCCACAAAAUUCGAGCGCUGAACAGUACGUUAAAGUGCAAAGAACAUGACUUAGCAAUGAUAAACCAGUUGUUGGAGGACACCAAGCUAACUGCAAGGAGGUUCAGAGAGUGGAAGAACACAAACACCAUGUUGGUUCAGGAUAUAUAUCAGCAGCAGGAUGUGCUAAACACGUCUCAAGAAAAUGUUGUGGAAUCAGGGGUGGCAGUGCAGCCAUCUUUCAUGGAAAGUACAAUCUGAAAGGAGUUGGAUUCACUGCCUGCAACAGUUCUUUUCACUUAUUAAUAGUUUAAGCUGCUAUCACUUCAAGUUUUUGUUUUUCAGGGAGAUCAUUGCAUUAUGGAGAACUCACCCAUUCUGCAGAGCACUAUUAUCUUCCUUAAUGUUCUAUUACAACAGAAAGUUGACAUCUAGAUGAUCACAUUAUUAUGUAGUCUUGAUGAAUGUCUGAAAAGAACAUUGAUGUGGUGGACUGGGUUUUUGUUUUUUCGGAACUCGCAGAUCUUCAUGAAAAUAAUGCUUAAGCAAAUGCAGUAUCUGGACAUUUUGAUGUAUAUGUACAUAUUGUAAAUAAAAAGUUAUGCAGUAUUUCAAAUGUUCUUGAAAGAAGCAACAUAUGUUCAGAAGAUGCUACUAGGCUAAAGCUCAAACAACAUGCACCAUUUCCCCAUUGCUUCUUUGUUGAUAAAAAACAGUUUUAAGAACAGGAGAAUAAGUCAAAGGAAAAUAACUGUACUUUAUGAAGUCUUUUCACAAUUAGUUCAAUAGAAAUGUUUUGCUGUAAUAAUGUAUCCAUAUUUAUUAAUGUCACACAUAUAAAUGUGUGUGACAUUGAGUCCUCUCAGGUGAGAAAGGUGGGGUAAAAAUGUUGUAAAUAAAUAAAUAAAUAAAUAAAUAAAUACCUCCUUGCAUCAUGAGGGAAAAGUU